AUGACCGCCACCGAUACAACCGCUCGCAAGCAACUCAAGAAUAUGGAAAAGGCGCUUCAGGCUUUCGAAGGUGACGUUCACGGAAUGAACGAGACGGUCACCAAGAAUGUGAAGAAAAUCGUUGACGGCGUCAACGAGGAGAUCAUCCCUCGCCUCAACGAACUCGACGAGAAAGCCCAGUCCACCGUCGACGUCGCGAGCGUCAACGAUCGCCUCAAAGCACUCGAAGCGACUGCUGCCAGCAAGGAAAUGAUCGCCGCAGAGGUCAACCGCGUCAUCGCUACCAAGGAUGACGAAAUUGCAGCCCUCCGCGGUAAGAUCGUGGAACUGCGCGAAGCUGUUGCCAAGUUGCAGAAGGGCGACAAGCGCGUCGCCACCGAGAACAUCGCAGGCCCGGCUAAGCAGAGCCGCUUUAGUAACAUGCUGGACCGCGAUUAG